GAAUGAUUAAAAUGUUUAAGUUAUGGUUGUUUAAUAUUUUAAUACAAUUAGCAGUAGCUCAACAAGUCCCUGGCCAGGUUAGUUCUACUCCAAGUCCUAGUUCUACUCCAGGUCCUAGUACUACUCAAGGUCCAGUAUCCGGAAAACCAACGCCACGAAACGAAACCUUCAAACCUAAUACUGAACCUGCUGAAAUUGGAACUGGUGCCUCGGGGAUCGAACUUCCAUUGGUAAACCCGAACCCGAAAAAUGAAGAAAAAAAGGUCAUAGAAGCCUUAUCCAAUGCCAUGUUGGACUUCAGUGAAAGAUUCUACGUGGAGCUGAGUAAAAGAGAGACUGGUAAUUUUGUGUUCUCUCCUCUCAGUUUACACUCGGCCCUGAGUUUGAUGGCUCUAGGCUCUACAGAGAACUCCACCACUAGGACGGAGACAUUAUCCGCUCUAGGAGGAAUCACCAAUACCUCGAGACUAAUGGAGGCUUAUAGGAAUAUUUUAAAUAAUUCCGACCCUGACCAUCUGGCUUACGGGAACCAUAUCUGGGUAAACAAUAAUGUUGAACUACAAGAUAAAUACAAGGAAAAAAUCAAAAGUUUAGAUGCUCAAAUAUCAUCUCUCAACAUGGCAGAUCAGAGCUCUCUGAACGCUGUCAAUGAUUGGGUUGCAAAACUAACCCGGAACAAGAUUCCCCAAGUUCUCUCCGAUCUGCCGUCUGAGACCCAAGUUCUGAUAACAAAUGCUCUCUACAUCAAGGAGGCUUGGACCUUGAAGUUCCGAGAGGCGGAUAAACGUGAGUUCUUCAGGACAAAUGAAACGAAGCCGAUAGAUGUAAAUAUGAUGGAGAGAUUUGGAACUCAUGCUGCUUAUGGGCUUUUUAAAUUUUCAAAUUAUGAAAACAAUUCAGAUUUUGAAAUGCAAGUUAUUCUUCCAAAUGAAAAAAUAGAUUUGGGCCUCAUGGAGAAAUAUUUAGAUGACAGUAUUUAUCAAAGUAUAAACGAGAAAAGAGGAGGAGGAUUCCGUCUUUUUAAAUCCGCCAAGGAUACAACGAGACGAAAUUUCGCUGAAGUUCGCAUAAAAAUGCCAAAGUUUAAUAUUGAAACCGAUAUUGAUGCAUCGCAGGUUUUGAAGAAAUUAAAUGUAAAACAAGUUUUUUCAGCUGAGAGUGAGUUGGGAGAAAUGGUGAAAUCUAAGAACCUAAAAGUUGACAAGGUUGUUCAUAAAGCUCUUGUUAAUGUUGACUACGAGGGUACUGAGGGUGCUGCAUCUACAGCUAUUAAUAUAGUUCCACUCUCAGCUAAUUUUGGAGACAGGGUUGAGUUUAUCGCAGACCGUCCGUUCAUGUUCCUGGUUUUUGAUAAAGUAAACAAUAUUCCUAUUCUGGUCGGCAGGGUUGUUAAUCCACAACAGAUCGCCCUGAUCAGUUAAACUAGUAUAUUAUGAUCUGUGCUAAUUAUAUCUAGAUAUCAGGAUCGUAAUAAUAUCUCUAUAGUUCUCCUGAUAAAUCUUUUAACGAGUCUUUUUUAAUUUUUGAUUUUUUCCUGUUUUUCAUUUUUUCAAUUUCAGUUUUACAAUUUCAGUUUUUCAAUUUCAG